UCGAAUCCAAGUCGCCCAAAUACAAGGAGGAAUUAAAGCUGCAUGGGACACAUCGCCCCGAUACGUUCCUCAAACGUUCGCUCUGAAGUAAACCUUUGGGCUGCAGGAUCCUACCAUAAUCACAGUCCACACAUGGCCAUGAUGACAGUAUCGGAUACAUCCUCUCCAUUCACAUCCCCAACAUAUCCCAGCUUACCAUUCCCGACCUUUGUAAACUCAACCGCAGCCUCGGGAUGAUUCUCGCCUCGUCCGUACCACGCAUCUGCCUCAUUAACGUUGCCCAGGAACAAAGCCUUCUGGAUAUGGGCAGAAGAGAGCCGUCCGGCAAUGUCGUCGGGCACAGCACGCCUCCGGAGCUUGACGGUUUCCCUUGUGUAUGACGCCAUCGUCCAUGGCAGACCGAUGGUCGCGAACAUCCGGUCCAUCUCCCCGCUGGUCACAAAAAGUACUGAAGGAGCCGGCUAGCACCACCGUGGCUCCGCCGUGCAUGAGGUCGAUGACACGUUCGAGGAGCUUUCUCUGGCGCGGGAUGGUCCCAUCGACAUCGAGGAUGACAGGGGGGUGGGCUUUGAUUGAGCUUGGAGACGGCCUCGUCGACCGUGCCGGCAAUCUGGACCGAAGAGGCCUUGGCAGUGAUUUUGUUGAUCAGGGGUGGGUAGACUCGUUCAACAAGGAAUUGUCUUUCGACGCAAAGCACCAGAACGUCACGGCGGCUUGUGUUAUGUGUAGAGACGUUUGUCGCCGUCCCCGAGCCCCGAUAGACGGUAGCGAACUUGGCUGUGUCGCCAUCGAUCAUGACGAUAGCAUCUUCAGUCUCAAACCAUGCACGCUUGCAGUUAAAAACCACGAGUUCUGCCUCAUCAGGUGAGCCGGGGCUGUAACUGUCUGGCGGCGUUGGCACUGUGUCUUGUCUAACCAGAAGAGGCCAGAUGUAGGGGUUCGCAUUGUGGACAGCUUGGCAGAGCUUCAAAUACUGACUUUGGAGGUCUUCGACCUUUGCGGGAAUGCGAUCACUCGGCGUAGUUUUCCCCCUAGUCUUUACAAGCUUUAGAUCUGGUAGGCUCUGAAGUCUAGAUAGAGCCGCAGCUUGAGAAGGGUCAAAGCAACAAGAUGGGCAGGCUCGGCUGUGGGGAUAAAGCCAUCCACAUACUCAAAGGCGUCCGCGUCGCGAAUAUCGGUGUUUGGCUUGCGGCCGUCGGAACCAUCAACUAACCAGGACUUCAGAAAGUCAUAGCAUUCCUGCUCUUGGCCAAGCCGCAGGUGCAGGAAUGGGACAAUAUCCCGCAUACCAAGAUUGUCGGAACGACACAGACGCAGCAUAUCCUUGAGGUGACUCAGUGCCUUCUCGACAGCGUCGACGUUGUUUACCCUGAGGAUGGCUUUGGCCGCGACGAACCGUGUCAUCAUGUAGUCUCGGGUCUCGACGAUACCCCAGAAACGACCGACUUGGGUGUCAAAGACGUCCGGCAGCAUGGAGCGGAGUUUAGUCUCCUCUUUCUCCAGAGCCAAAGUGGCCUUCUUGAUGGCAUUGCAGGCCGACUUAUGGGCAGGUCGAUGGUCCUCUUGAUGUUUCCUGCCGCAGUAGUGAACGACCCGGCAGCCGGUGCAGAAGAGCAGCCCAGCCUUCUCACCACAAACGGCGCAUAUUCGAGGUGCAAGGAUGAGGGUCUCUUCCAUUGUGUCCUGGAAGACAGGCUGGAGUACGACGUAGUUGAAGAGUUGAUAUUUAGCUUUGAGAAGGCAGUAGCUUGUUUGCCGUGUCGUGGUGAGGCACUGCUGCAAAACGAAGUCGUGUGGAAGGCAUGCUUUAAGUUUUUUUUCAAAACGGAGGCUGAUACCAUGAUUGCGACAGUGCGUAAAUUACUGGAGUGAAGCGAAGUCGACAGGGUGGUACUAUCUGUUGUAUUCAUCACCGCCCAUGGAGACAAUCCAUUGGGCCAAGUACAGAUUACUUUCGUAGUUCAGAUUGAUUGAUCAAACUGUAUGAACAGCAGUGGGGUAGUAACGGGGAAUAGUGGGUACCCUCGUAGUGCCGGCCGUUUAGUUGGUUUGCUGGGAUGCAACAGUGUCGGUGUUUAGAACAAACAUUUAGACCAACAUGUUCGCAUCUCAAUCAGCAAAAUGGACACACCUCACCAGAUUCCCGUGAGGGCUCAUGCACGAAAUAAGUCAAUACCCAAAGCGACGAGGCCGCGAUCAACAACCAAGGGCCCCUUGGAUGUAGAUGACAUCUCACUCAGCUCACCAAAGCCAAAUGAUGUGGGGGCAACUUUUCUUUCGCCAGACCCAAAUCCUCCCGGCAGUAGCUUGAGGUCAACGUCACCAAACGUCCUCAGUCCCCGGGGACCUCGCUCUCCAGCCAGGUCUCCAGGCCCAGGACCCUCUCCGCGCUUACCCCCUCAGCUUCCCAAGAAGGACUUUUCCUUCCUCCUUCGCCCAGAGAUUUACCACACCCUCAGCCCGCAAAAUGUACCUGCCGCCUUCCGCAACUCACCCCACCAGCCGGCGCCCGACACGCCGAUCCCGGAACUGAUUUCAAAGGGCCACUUUCGCGCAGCCGCGGUGGCCGCCGUGCAGCAGCUCACUGGCACGGCGGGCCAUGACCCUCCAGCGCCCGACGACCACGCCCGCAUCUUCUCGCUGAUCCACACCCGCCUCGCAUGCCUUACCCUCAUCGAUGCGACGCCCAUCGCUGCUCAGGAGGUCAAGGCGCUGGAGGAUGUGCAAUCGCCCUUUUACCUCGCGCAGCCGGUGGCCUCGCCGAAGUCGGGUGUAGGCUCUCCCGGGCUUGGUCUGGGCAUUGACGGGCCGGGGCCUCUUCGCAGCCCCAACCCGAGCCUCCUGCACGCGCCGCUCGAGGAGCCGCCCGAGCAUCUGGUCCCGUGGGAGCUGCGCGUCCUGGCGGUCCGCCUGCAGUCCCUGGGCUUUGGCGACCCCCGCCGCUCCGUCAUGAGCUACUACGAGCUGGCCCGCGAGGCCCGGGCCCGACUGGCGCGCGCAUCCGCAGUCCACGACAACAGCGCGCGUGAGCUGCACAAGGAGCGCCUCGCCGAGCUGGGACUCAAGGUCGCCGGUGCGCUGAUAGAGAUGGACGACCUAGCCGGCGCCGCCGCGCACCUCGAGACGCUCGUGGACCACGGCGCCAGCGGCAAGCUGGCCACCGCCAAGGCGCUGCUGUGGCUCCACCUGGGCGACGUCGAUGCCGCCCGCAGGUGCGUCGACAACCAGGUGCAGGGGGAUGCGACGCAGGACAAGGUCAUCUCUGCUCUGUGCGACAUGGCGGACGGGGAUUACGACGCUGCGCUUGCCGCUUGGGGCGAGCUGAGGGAGGACCUGCCUAACGACGAGAUGGUGGCGGUCAACAUGGCGGCGUGUCUGCUCUACGUGGGGAAACUGUCGCAGGGGCGAGAAAUGCUCGAAGCCAUGGUCGAUUCUGGGUUCGCAUCCCACACGCUGCUGUUCAACUUGACUACCAUGUACGAGCUGUGUACCGAUAAAGCACGCCCGCUGAAGCAGCGGCUGGUUGAGCGGGUUGCUGAGAUGGAGCCAAACUUGAACGGGUGGGAGAAGACCAAUGCCAACUUUAAGCUCUGAGUGAAGCAUGUAGCUAGAUGUCAAGUCUACAUAUAAGCGCAAAUCACGAAUACCACACGAUGUUCAAUUCUCUUGCAAAACUAUCCUACGCGAUCCUGACAAAAGAGAGAGAAUAUCCUCCCGACCAGGCCUGGGUUCCUGCUGUACUACAAGAUACCCGACCAUAUUCGUUCGUCACUGCUACUUAUAAACACCAAACCCCGAAUUCUGCUAGACCUAGCCGGCAAAUAUGUGACAAGGGACCUCGUAAAAUCAAUCGCUCCAAAAACGUCCAAAAUCAGUUACUUGGAAGCUCCGCCGUUCUAGAAGCACAGUCAACGAGAGCUGAGCAUGCUGCCGAAAGACAUAAGAACGAGCGACUUCAAGGUGAUGCGGUUGCACAAUCCACACGCAAAUUCUUCACUUGUUCGGAAAGAGGGAUAAGUCAUAUGCUUCAAAGAAUUGACGAGCUUUUGAUUCGGCAACCCUUGUGGGAAGCUCGGGCGGUGAAAUUCACCAACCAAGGAGCACUCAGUUUUAAAACCAUCCAACUACCUUCCAUUUGAAAUGAUACACGGAGAAACAAGUGGCCGAAGGAGACGAAUGAAUUUUUGCCAAAGAAAACACACCAAACGAAAUGGCCCAAAGCAAUCAUGCAUCUUCCAAUUUGAAUCGAUUCAGUUCUUUUGUGUCGAAAGACCCUACCACCCCCAACCGAUUUCCGAGUAGAGAGUUAAUCAAUUGUACAAACAAGAAAUCUGAGAAGCCCCUUCC